CGAGCGCUGCGGGUUACCGGGUCGCAUCUCGGCACCAUUUAUUUGUAUGGUACAUUUUGACAGUUUCUGAGUUUCUAACGCCUAGAGCGUAAGCACGUAAACAGUCUAUACUUUUAGCUGUGUAAUAUGAGAUGUAGCAGCUGACGUCUCAUAUUUGAAUUUAAAACAACAUCUUAAAUCUGUUUUCCUUUUGGUUUUCAGAACCAUGUCUGCAGAUGACUUUUCGUUGGCAGAUGCUUUAGGGGACACUACACCAGCCAAGAAAACAGCUCUAAACAACCCAAAAGGUGCCCAGCAGCAAAACAGUUGGCCAGGGUCUAAUACCUGGGGUUCAACCCCCAGUUCCGCACCGGGUUCAGGACCUCCACCUUCUGCUCCUGGUGCUGAUCCAUCUCAUACACCAUAUGGACAAGCACCAGGAGGAAUAUACCCUGGUUUGCCUACAGGACCCCAGCCUGCCACACCAAAUGUCCCUUCAGGCCCAACUGCACCAUAUUCAGGGGCUCCUGCUGGAAAUUACCCAGGAGCACCUGCUGGGCAGUAUCCAACAGCACCAAAUGCCCCAACUGGACCAGCUGGUCCCUAUCCAGGAGCACCUGCAGGUCAUUACCCGGCAGCACCAAAUGCCCCAGCUGGACCCUAUCCUGGAGCGCCUUCAGGUCAAUACCCGGCAGCACCAAAUGCCCCAUCUGGCCCAGCUGGUCCCUAUCCUGGAGCACCUGCAGGUCAAUACCCGGCAGCACCAAAUGCCCCAUCUGGCCCAGCUGGUCCCUAUCCUGGAGCACCUGCAGGUCAAUACCCGGCAGCACCAAAUGCCCCCUCUGGCCCCUAUCCAGGAGCACCUGCAGGUCAAUACCCAGCAGCACCAAAUGCCCCAACUGGACCAGCUGGUCCCUAUCCAGGAGCACCUGCAGGUCAAUACCCAGCCGCACCAAAUGCUCCAUCUGGACCUGCGGGGCCCUAUCCAGGAGCACCAGCUGGUCAUUACCCAGCCGCACCAAAUGCUCCAUCUGGACCUGCGGGGCCCUAUCCAGGAGCACCAGCUGGUCAACACCCUUCAGCACCAAAUGCUCCUUGUGGACCUUAUCCAGGAGCUCCUGCUGGACAGCACCCAGGAGCACCUACAGGGCCUUACCCAACAGCACCUUCGGGCCAGUAUCCACCUGCAUCCUAUCCUUCAGCACCAUCUGGAACGCCAGCACAAUAUCCAAGCCCUGCUGGUGUCUCUGGCCCAACUCCUACCCCUGGUGGUCCAUACCCUACACCUAAUAUGCCCUAUCCUGCACCUUCUGCUCCAUAUGGUCAAUCAGGUCCAUCACCUGUUGGACCUUGGGGGUCUGGCUCAUGGGGAUCACAAGGUGGGCAGUACCCAGCACCUCCAAACUUGCCAUAUCCAGCAAGUGGGCCAUAUGCAUCUCCUGGCCAAGGUUCUGGUGCUCUGCCAUCAGUGCCGUGGGGAACUGUACCUCCAGGUCAGUGGGGACCAGGCCCCUCUGUUCCAUUCUCUGGAGCUCCUGGAUCAUACCCAGCUCCUGGCUCAUAUCCCUAAAGAUACACAUGCCCCAGUGUUUUUUAUGGACCUCUGGGACCAGGGUGUCAUUAUUAAGUCAUCUUUAUUUAAUCAAGAAAUGCUGGAAGAACAGAGUGCCUAAUCAAGGAUUCACGUUUUAUUCAGAAACAUGUAGUAGCUUCUUUAUUCUACCACUUUGGGAUUUGAAAGUGUUUGUAUUUGAUAUUUUACAGAGCGUUUGGCUUUGAAGAUUGAAGAGGAAUAGUCAACCAAUUGACCUCUGUUUCUAACCUUUCUUUUGUGUAAAGAAGAUAAACCUUAUGUGAGAUUUUGUAUUCUUGGCAAGACGCUGUUUACGUGCACAGAUUUUGCUAUGCAAUGCACUGUUCAUUUUGAUUUGUAUAGCUGCUUUCUGGACAUUUCUGCUUCUGUUGCAUUCUUUUCACAAAAGAUGGGAAAUAUAUAUUUUCAUAGUCGACAUACUAAAAAAACAGUUUAACAGCAUGCCUUGUAAUAUUAAAGAAUUGCUGGCACGGCA